GUGCCGUGCCGCGCGGCGCGGGGCGGAGUCGCGGCGAGUUCCGCGCCUGCGCAGUGCGUCCGCCGGCCGUCUGCGCGCGGCAGGAUGGCCGGCUACAGCGUGGAGGAGCGGGCGGCCCCUCACAGCCUGGAGUACCGGCUCUUCUUCAAGGACGCCACCGGGCGCUACAUCUCCCCCUUCCACGAUAUCCCCAUCUACGCCGACGCCGGCAAGAAUGUGUUCAACAUGGUUGUGGAAGUACCUCGAUGGACAAAUGCUAAAAUGGAGAUUGCAACAAAGGAUCCCUUAAACCCAAUUAAGCAAGACGUGAAGAAAGGAAAACUGCGCUACGUAGCAAACGUGUUUCCCCAUAAGGGUUAUAUCUGGAAUUAUGGUGCUAUCCCACAGACUUGGGAAGACCCGGGUCACAAAGAUGAAAAUACUGGCUGCUGUGGAGAUAACGAUCCGAUUGACGUGUGUGAAAUUGGAAGCAAGGUCUGCUCUCGAGGAGAAGUCAUCAAAGUGAAGGUGCUGGGCACGCUGGCACUGAUUGAUGAGGGAGAGACAGACUGGAAGAUAAUUGCUAUCAACGUUGAAGACCCUGAAGCAGGCAACUAUAAUGAUAUCAGUGAUGUCCGAAGGAUGAAACCCGGAUACUUGGAAGCUACAGUGGACUGGUUCAGAAGAUACAAAGUACCUGAUGGAAAGCCGGAAAACCAGUUUGCUUUUAAUGGCGAGUUUAAAGACAAGGAUUUUGCAGUGAACGUCAUCAAAAGCACUCAUGAACACUGGAAAGCUUUAAUAGCGAAGAAAACUGAUGGAGGGGAGAUCAACUGCAUGAAUCUGACGGUGUCCGGCAGCCCUUUCUGCUGUAGUCAAGAGUGUGCAAAAGCUACUGUGGAUGCAGCACCGCCGUGUAAAGCUGCCAACCCCAUCCCACCCGAAGUUGACAAGUGGUUCUACUACCAGAAGAACUAAGGCCGGAGGAUGGGUGGUGACGGCUGUGUCCUCCCCACCGCCUGCCGGAAUAGAGCAGAAAAAUAGCUUUGGUGUCGGCAAGGGGACGUGGCCUACGCCUUUGCCCAUUAGAAUUGCCUAUCUAGCAGUGACGUGUCUCGUGGAGGCUAGAAGACAUAAGUUAUAAAAAUCAAAGCGCCCUGCUUGCGCGUGGUCACACGGUGUACUUUGUAAAUCGCGACAGAAGAUCGCUCACCUGGUACGUGUAUGGAUGCUAGAAAUAAAUAAAAAAACCCAAACAACUGCUGAAACUGA